AUGGGUGUCAUCGUUCCGUUGGUGUCAGUGUCGGCAUUUUGGGCGCUCAUCGGAUUUGGCGGUCCCUGGCUCGUACCAAAAGGCGUCAAUAGAGGAAUCAUCCAAACGAUGAUCGUGUUGACAGCUGUUUGUUGUUGGAUGUUCUGGAUUCUCGUUUAUCUUCAUCAACUUAAUCCUUUAAUUGGUCCACAGAUUAGUGUAAAGACAAUUCGUUGGAUGGCUGAGAAAUGGGGUAACGCACCGGGAGUCGACACACACUAUUCGACGACUUCCUCUCCG